AUGUUAGAUUUAAUCUAUACAUUUCUAUUUUAUCCAUUAAUUAAAUGGACAUUGAUUUUAAUAGCAAUUAGUUAUGCAAUUUAUAGAUAUUAUUCAUCCAAAUGUAUACAUUGGGAACAACAGGGCGUCCCAACAGCAUCGGUAAGUUUGUUGACCCGAUUUUUCAAACCAUGGCAUAUAUGGGAACAGGAUUUAUACMWSAAAUACGGCAAACUAUUUGGUGUCUAUGAGCUAACCCGUCCCGUACUUUAUCUAUCGGAUCCCGAUUUGAUACGCGAUGUUUUGGUCAAAGAUUUUCAUAGUUUUACUAAUCGACGGAGAUUUACUACCGGUUCCGACCCGAUAAUGGACAAUAUGGUCAGUGUAUUGCGUGACGACACCUGGAAACGKGUCCGGACUGUUAUGUCGCCRACGUUUACCACUGGAAAACUGAAACGRAUGUUACCAUUGAUUAAUGAAUGUUUGCAAACWAUGGGCCAGAAUUUAGAUACCGUUUCCCAAUCCCAGUCAGCCGUCGGUGAUAUGAAACGGCUGUUCGGCGCCUAUACUAUGGAAGCUGUUAUUCAGGUAGCGUUCGGUACCCGAGUGGACGCCCUGUACGACGAGGACAACCCUAUUAUAGCCAACGCACGGCGAUUGUUGAGCCGUGAUAUUAGUCCCAAAUUUUUUGUAUUGAUUUUGGCCCCAAAAUUGGCUGAAUUUAUGCGACUAACGGUUUUCGAUAAAAGUGUUACCGAUUUUUUCAGUGAUUUUACCCUAAAAAUUAUUGCCGAUAGAAAACGGCAGCUAAAAAACAGUAGUACUGGUAGUCAAAAAAGGGUCGACUUUUUGCAACUAAUGYUGGAUUCAAUGGCAAACAGUGGUAGUAGUAGUAGUAGUAGUGAUGUCGGAGCCGGUAAUGUUGUUGAAGAUAUGGUUAAUAAUAAUAACAGUAAUAAUAAUAAUAGUAAAAGAAAAAUAUCAGGAGUUGUCACAAAUUCAACGGAAACUAUUGAAAAAUAUCUAACAAACGAUGAAUUCAUAGCCCAAUGUGUAUUGUUUUUCAUUGCCGGCUACGAGACUACAGCUAAUACCCUAUCGUUGACUAUCUAUUUGUUGGCCAAACAUCCCAAAGUACAGGACCGGCUCCGGGCGGAAGUCGACCAAUAUUUUCAACAACACUACAAACAAAACACUGAUGGUGUGGUCGACUACGAUGUCUUACAUUCACUGAAAUACUUGGACGCAGUCAUACAGGAAACCCUACGGCUAUAUCCGGCCGCACUGUUUCUCGAACGUGAGGCCAACUCGGACUACCAGUUAGGCGGUAAACAAGGAGGAGGUGGGGGUGCAGUGACCAUCAAAAAGGGUCAUUUAGUACAUAUACCGCUGUAUGCCAUACAUCGUGAUCCGGCCAACUUUACCGAUCCCCUAGAGUACCGUCCCGAACGGUUUCUGCCCGAUAAUAUAGCCCAUCAUCCCUAUGCGUACGCACCGUUUGGUGCCGGACCGCGCAAUUGUAUUGGUAUGCGUUUGGCACAAAUGGAGGCCAAACUGGCACUGGUCAAUGCCAUUCACGGCUACCGUUUYCACGAUACUGGGAAACCCCUGGAGUUUUUCAAUAGCGCCGGUAUUAUGUCGCCUAAAACUGUUCCCAUUAGAGUUGAGAAACUAAUACUAUAUAAACAAUAUAUAAUCUAUACAUUGCUAUUUUAUCCAUUAAUUAAAUGGACAUUGAUUUCAAUAGCAAUUAGUUAUGCAUUUUACAGAUAUUAUUCAUCCAAAUGUACACAUUGGGAGACACAGGGCAUCCAAACGGUUUCGGUUGGUUUGUUAACCCGUUUUAUCAAACCAUGGCAUAUAUGGGAACAGGAGUUGUAYGUMAAAUAUGGCAAACUAUUUGGCAUCUAUGAGCUAAACCGUCCCGUACUGUAUCUGUCGGAUCCCGAUACAAUACGGGAUGUUUUGGUCAAAGAUUUUCAUAGUUUUACUAAUCGACGGAAAAUAAAUACCGGUUCCGACCCGAUAAUGGACAAUAUGGUGGUAGCAUUGCGUGACGACAACUGGAAACGGGUUCGCACUGUUAUGUCGCCUACGUUUACCACUGGAAAACUCAAACAAAUGUUGCCCUUAAUUGAUGAUUGUUUGCAAAAUAUGCUCAAAAAAUUUGGCUACAGUUUCCCAGUCGGCGAGUCGGGCGUCGGCGAUAUGAAACGGCUGUUCGGCGCCUAUACUAUGGAAGCUGUUAUUCAGGUAGCGUUCGGUACCCGAGUGGACGCCCUGUACGACGAGGACAACCCUAUUAUAGUCAAUGCCCGGUCGCUGUUGAGCCGUAAUAUUCAUCCGAAAUUUUUUGUMAUAAUUUUGGCCCCAAAACUGGCAAAACUGAUGCGACUGUCGUUUUUCGAUCAAAAUGUUAUGAAAUUUUUCAGUCAACUGACCCUAAAAAUUAUUGACGAUAGRAAACGACAGUUAAAUAGUAGUAGUAAUAGUAAUACUAAUGAUGACAAUAGUAGUCAAAAACGGGUCGACUUUUUGCAGCUAAUGCUGGAUUCAAUGGCAAACAGUGGYAGUARUAGUAGUAGUAGUAGUGAUGUCGGMGCCGGCGAUGCUGACGAUWUGAUUARUAAUAAUAAUAAUAAUAAUAAUAAUAAAGAAAAAUAUCAGGAAUUUUCAACAAAUUCAACGGAAACUUUUGAAAAAUAUCUAACAAACGAUGAAUUCAUAGCCCAAUGUGUAUUGUUUUUCAUUGCCGGCUACGAGACAACAGCUAAUACCCUAUCGUUGACUAUCUAUUUGUUGGCCAAACAUCCCAAAGUACAGGACCGGCUCCGGACGGAAGUCGACCAAUAUUUUCAACAACACACUGAUGGUGUGGUCGACUACGAUGUCUUACAUUCACUGAAAUACUUGGACGCAGUCAUACAGGAAACCCUACGGCUAUAUCCGGCCGCACUGUUUCUCGAACGUGAGGCCAAUACGGACUACAAGUUAACCAUAAAAGAUACCAGUGUUGGUGGWGGUAUAGAUGGUAGUGUGACCAUCAAACARGGUCAAUUAGUACAYAUGCCUAUCUAUGCCAUGCACCGUGAUCCGGCCAAYUUUGUCGAUCCCCUAGAGUACCGUCCCGAACGGUUUCUGCCCGAUAAUAUAGCCCAUCAUCCCUAUGCGUACGUACCGUUUGGUGCCGGACCGCGCAAUUGUAUUGGUAUGCGUUUGGCACAAAUGGAGGCYAARCUGGCACUGGCCAACGCAAUUCACRGCUACCGUUUCCACGAUACUGGGAAACCACUGGAGUUUUUCAAUAAYCCSAGCUCUAUGUCACCRAAAUCCAUAUCCAUUAGAGUUGAAAAAUUGGUUUAA